UUAUGUUCCAAAUGGAGGUCUUAUAUGCGGAGGAGCCUAAAUCAACAAAGACUGGGUUUUGUCUGCAGCUCAGUGCUUUCAGGAAUUAACCACAUCGACCACAGCGAUUUACCUGGGACGUCAUCAGCUAAUAGGCAUAAACCCCACGAGAUAUUCAGAAACGUGUCAAAAAUCAUCAUCCAUCCUAAAUAUAACCCUAUUAAUCUUGACAACGACAUAGCGCUGGUCCAGCUCUCCUCUUCUGUGAAUUUCACUGAUUAUAUUAGGCCAGUCUGUCUGGCGGCUGCUGGCAGUACAUUUGCUGCAAAUACUGACAGCUGGGUCACUGGAUGGGGAAAGCUCAAUUUUGGAGACACCACUAUUCCAAACUUACUGCAGGAGGUGAAAAUAGCAGUCGUCAGCAACAGCGAUUGUAAAUCUGCCUAUGGAAGCUUAAUUACAGACAACAUGCUGUGUGCCGGACCAACCAAGGGUGGGAAAGGCUUUUGUCAGGGAGACGGAGGCGGUCCGUUGCUCAUCAAGAGCUCACAGUGGAUUCAGUCUGGCAUCGUGAGUUUCGGGGGGGGAGGCUGCGCAGUACCCAAGUUCCCUGGCGUUUACAGCAGAGUGUCUCAAUACCAGUCUUGGAUCAGCUCUCAGAUAAGCAGCGAUCUGCCUGGAUUUGUGGAAUUUAAAUCCAGUGGAUUCAGAAGCUCAACCAGCUUCCCUAUGUUUUCCCUUUUACUUUUUUCUUUCAUCAUCUUCUCUCUCUCUUUUUAAGGAUUGAGUUCAAAUAAUCAAUGAUAAUAAUCGUUAAGCUCAACUGAUGAAGAAGAUGAUGAAGUGUUUAUCACCAAUAGAAAUAUCAAUGGAAGAAAAUGCAAUACUAAGCAUGUAGGAAUGAAAGUUAUUAAAGCAUGAUUUUGAGAAAUUCAGGCAUAGUGUAUUGCAACACACCUAUUGCUAAUAGUUGCU